UUGAAACCUGUGCACGCACACACACACAGCCCUGUGCGUAGACAACUAGGCUUGAUAACCGACACUACAGGAGCUCAAAACAUUCUUGGACAAGUGAACUGUAAUGUGAUGUAAAAUAGAUGCUGAAAGAGAAAGAUUUACCAGGUGUAAUAUGAUGGGAAUUAAUGCAAAUGGUAGAUUUAUUAAACUCACUCUAACGUCUGGGAUCCACUGAACAUUCAGAGAGUAGAGGACAGAAUUGGUACAAGUCUUCUGGCUGUAUGCCCACCUCCAGCUCCAAGAUGAACUCUUUUGAAAAGUGACUAUCUGCAUUUCAACACAGAGGCUCCAGCCAGCAGAGCGGCUAACUAGGCCUAACUACAGUAACUGUAGGCCUAACUACAGUAACAUGGCGUUGGUGCAGGUGGAGUUUGAGUAUGAGUACACAGCCAAGGACGGGGCUCUGGUCUCCAUCAAGCCCAACGAGAGGUACAUCCUGGUCUCCAGGACCAAUGACUACUGGUGGCAUGUCCAGAAGGACCAGAGGACCAAACCCUUCUAUAUCCCUGCCAAGUAUGUGAGGGAGCUCUCUGUGAAGACCCAGGGCCCACUAGACCUCACUAAUUCUGGGACUCAGAGUCGCACAUUCUUGCAGUCAACGACUGACAGAGAGCCACUGGACAUGUCUAACAAAGGUCAAAGGUCAGACGCUGUGACGAAGGUCCGCAUGUCCACGGAUCACUCUGCGAGAGCCACCACUCACAGGAUGUCCACGUUCGGGGUAUCACAAGACAUUGAUGAAAUCAAGCAUUAUGAGCACAUGAAGACCAUGGUGGGACUGCAGACCUCCAAUAACGAGACUAGAGAUAUCCCGCCACAUGAUCUGAAGAGGCGAAGUUUAGCUCCAGGUUUCUCAUUCACCUCAGCCUCAGACGCUCAAGGUCUUGGUGAUAUGCUACAGCACUGUUCCCUAAAGCUCCAUGUCUCACCUGAGCCCACAAGCGAACUUCCCCAGUUGCAGUCAAGCCCUCCUACACGUAUCAAGGAUCAAGAUAAACAGCAGAUCUCAGAUGGCCGGAUAACGAAAACACUGCCAGGGGAUCCUAGUGGGCUAUCUCAUUUAUCUCAGGACUCAGAUAUCUAUGAGACUAUAUCAGAUACCCAGCACUCAGAGUUGACAGACUUUGUGGGAACAGAACUGGCUGGAUCUUUGAGUUCAACUGAAACACCAGCAGAACAACAGCAGAGCCUGGAUCGAACUUCUGGUCCGAUUGACGUUACAGCCCCUUCCCCUACAGCUCAGGUCAAGGAGAGUGUCCAGAACGCCGUGUACGUCAAUGUAGCGGAGCUCGGCAGAAACAUCUCUGAGUCCCCUCCCUCAGCCUUCAACCCUCCCUGCACUCCUCCAUACCUGGACUCUAAGGGAUGGGAGGUGCACACUGACCAGGAGAGCGGACGGGAGUACUACUACCACCCCGAAUCGGGGCAGACCACCUGGGACAACCCCUACAUAGACCUUGAGGCUCCCGCCGAGGUGUCUGUGUGUUCGCCCUCCUUUCAGUUCCCCUCCCUGUCCCCCACCUCCGCCUCCCCCCCUGCAUGGACCUCUGACUGGAAGCAGUGUUUGGAUGUGACUAGCGGCCGCCAGUACUUCUACAACCCAGCAUCGGGGGAGACGUCUUGGGAGCCCCCAGGGCCACAGUGCCCCUACCCCCCCCUGAUGGAGCCUCUGAGUGGGCUCCGGUCUCUGGAGGAAGGGCCGCCUCCCCUGCCAGAGGAGGACUACCAAGCAGAUAACUACCAAGCAGAUGACUACACAGCCGAGGUUGACCUACCAGAAGAGGAGUUGUUGGCUAUGUCCCCUGUGACCCCUCACUCCUUCCCUAAGGACUACACCCCCAGCCAUGUGACCCGGGCAGUCAUCCCCAGGGCCAGCCUGGACAGGAGCGCCCCAACGGGCUGGAACCUCAACAUAGACCCUGAUGGGACUUGGGUGUUCUCCAACAGACACUCACCUGAUCAGUGGAUCAAAUCGUUGGAUGACAGAGGACUGACGUACUACUACCUUAGUGAUGGCUCCAGAUCCCAGUGGAACCUGCCUGAGUUAUUCCCGACUCACAGAAGAAAUACCUCAGACUACGGCUCCAGUGCGGACAACUCUCCAGAGAUGGGGCAGCACCAUGUGCAGAGUUUGGAAAAAGUUGGAAUACUCAACAAAACUAAAGUGUCAGAGAACGGGAAAAGAGUAAGGAAAAACUGGGCCCAGUCAUGGACGGUUCUUCACGGAGGGGUUCUGACCUUCCAUAAAGAGCCCAAGUCUGCAGCCACGGGAGCCUCUAUCAAGACCAAUCAGAUCGUCCCAGAGGUCACGGUGGAUCUACGAGGGGCAAAGAUUGGCUGGGCUCCCAGGGAUAAAUCCAGCAAAAAGAAUGUUGUAGAAUUGAAAGACAGAAAUGGCGUUGAGUUUCUGCUACAGUAUGACACUGAGAGUAUCAUCAACGACUGGCACAAAGUUCUAAUGGACAGCAUACGACAGCUGGACCAGGAACACCACGAAUCUGAGGAGGAGGAUGGGGACGUCAGUGAGAAGUCCUACAGUAUAGCCAGAGAUCAGAGGUCACCAGGUACCAUGGACAGGAGGAGGUCUUCCAGACCGAGCACGGCCACCUCCUCUGGGGGAGAGACCGAACAGAAGAAGGUUCGUACCAAGCUGAUGAAGUUCCUCCUGAAACGACCCACACUGCAGUUCGUCAAGGAGAAGGGUUACAUCCGAGACAAUGUGUUUUGCUGUCAUCUGGCUGCACUGUGUGCCCAGGAGAAAACUACAAUCCCCAGCUUUGUGGAGAAAUGUAUUCGAGCAGUGGAAAAGAGAGGUCUGGACAUGGAUGGACUCUACAGAGUCAGUGGGAACCUAGCUGUCAUUCAGAAACUACGCUUCAAGGCAGAUCAUGAGGAGCUGGACCUGGAGGAUGGCCAGUGGGAGGACAUCCACGUUAUCACAGGGGCUCUGAAGCUGUUCUUCAGGGAGCUUCCUGAACCCCUUUUCCCCUUCAGUCACUUCAGCCGCUUCAUCCAGGCCAUCAGAACUGUUGAUUACCACCUUAAAGUGUCUUUCAUGCGAGAGCUUGUUGAGUCUCUCCCUCGGCCAAACCAUGAUACCAUGGAACUCCUCUUCAGCCAUUUACGCAAAGUGGUAGAGUAUGGAGAGGAGAACCGUAUGACUGUGCAGAACGUGGCUAUUGUCUUUGGUCCCACGCUGCUCCGGCCAGAGAUGGAGUCAGCCAAUAUCACCAUGCACAUGGUUUUCCAGAACCAGAUAGUGGAGCUAAUCCUCAACCAAUACGAAUACAUCUUCCAUUCCAGUUGAACCAAUGGUAAGCAUCUGUCAGUCAGAGGACGGGUCAAAUUAAGCAAUAUUGCAGGAGGGGAAAAAACACAAUCACUACCGCACAGAGGGUGCAUCCAAUUAACCUUUCCUUCUUUCUAAAGUGUGCACUUGUUCACUACUCCUCACAAAUUGGAUUGGUAUAGCAUGGACUAGAGGGAGUUUAAAUAUAGGCCUACCUGUCAUUUCCUUUCAAAUCCAUGAAGGAAGGGAACAAGCGCACACUACAGGAGAAGAGAGAUUGGGAGGCAACCACGGAGAAGCUAGUUGAAGGGGAUGUCAAAUAUUUGCACUGCAUUUAUUGUAAUAUCUUCAUUGGAUAAUCAUUAACCAAUUCAGAUUGUUCUCUGAAUUUCUGCAACUCAUUGCAUUCCUCAUUGUGAAAUAGCACACCUGCUCAAGGCAUCACUUAUGUGCAAUCUAAAAAGACAUGUGGGUUGCUAUAGGCCUACUUUGAAAUCUUCCUUUCAUGUAGAAAUGUAACAUCACAAUAACAUGAUUUUAUCUAACACCCCAAUCCCCAAGGCAACCUGGAAAGACACUUUGAUACUUUGUUUUUACCACAGAUCAGACAAACCAUUUCAGAUGGAUUUCUAAAGAUUCCAUUGAAAUGUUUAAAGGUGGAUCUGAUGUUGCUGUAUAGCUCAGAAGUCCUAUGUUAUGAAUGUGUCUUAUUCAGUCAAUGUAUAUAACUCAUUUAGACAUUUAUAAAAUAUAUGCUGUGACACUGACUUCCCUUGUACAGCCUCUCUAGAUUAUGUACUGGAUAAUCAGAUGACAUCUUUUUUUUAAAUACAUUUAGUUUUAACUUACAAUGAGAAUUUGUUUAAUUAACACAGAAUGAUAAUAAUGUAUGGAGGUACUAUUUAAGGAUGUUUGUUAGCCUUAAUAGAGUCGAGAAAGACCAAAAUGAAAAGACAGGUAUGAUAAGCAUGACAUUAGGUUUUUGUUCUGUACAUAAAUAUCAUAUUUAUGCUGUAAAUUACUGAAAUUGCACAAUGUGUUUCUUUAAUAAAAUAACAGUAAAACGUG